CUCCUGACCCCGUCAGCUGAGCAGCCAUGCUGCGAAUACGGUACCGCGUGAGAUACAGCACGCCGGGCGUCGUGGCCGCGAGGCUGUUCUCCUCCCGUCCCGCCAGGAACCCCGUCGUGUUCCUGGACAUCGAGGCCGACAGCGAGCCUCUCGGGAGGAUAACCAUCGAGUUGAAUGCAGAUGUCGUGCCAAAGACUGCAGCAAACUUCCGCGCACUGUGUACAGGGGAACCUGGCUUUGGAUUCAAGGGAUCCGUUUUCCACCGGGUCAUCCCUGAGUUCAUGUGUCAGGGGGGAGAUUUCACCAACCACAACGGCACAGGAGGGAAAUCCAUAUAUGGGAAGACAUUCAAAGAUGAAAACUUCAUAUUAAAACACACUGGUCCAGGAACACUUUCGAUGGCAAAUUCAGGGCCAAACACCAACGGCUCCCAGUUCUUCAUCUGUACGAAUAAAACUGAAUGGCUCGAUGGUAAACACGUGGUGUUCGGGCAGUGGGGAGAUCUCCCAAGAUCACACGAGGACUUCUGUCGGAUGACUCUGAAUGCAACCCGUCUGUCUUUGCUUCAUCUUUUAUCUGUGUUCAUGACAAGGAGGAACCAUCAUCCUGCUCAUCCCUAAAAUCUGCUAUUUUUAUGAUGAUUUUAGAAGAUAUCUCGCUUUUCCGAGUUUGAACUUUGAACAAUCUACUUAGUCAACAACCAAGUACAAGUAAUCCGCCUUGUAAAAUGUUGUUAUUGUGCAAUUGUUCUCCAUUUACAGCCAAAUAAAAUGAAGAUGUUUUCAUA